AUGUCCUCUGAGACCCCUCCCUCGGCGGGAAACAUCACGGGGGGCUUCGAAGAAGCCACCACGACCUACGACUACGACUACAGCGAGCCGUGCCACAAAGCGGACGUGAGGCGGGUGGGAGCCCGGCUCCUCCCCCCCCUCUACGCCCUGGUGUUCGUGUGCGGCGUGCUGGGGAACACGCUGGUGGUGCUGACCCUGAUCCACUGCAAGAAGCUGAGGAGCAUGACCGACAUCUACCUGCUCAACCUGGCCGUCUCCGACCUCCUCUUCCUCCUCACGCUCCCCUUCUGGGCUCACUACGCCGCGGCCGGGGAGUGGAUCUUUGGGGAUGUCCUGUGUAAGCUCCUCACCGGGGUGUAUUAUUCUGGCUAUUUCGGCGGCGUCUUCUUCAUCGUCCUCCUCACCGUCGAUCGGUACCUGGCGAUCGUGCACGCCGUGUUCGCCUUGAAAGCCAGGACGGUCACCUUCGGGCUGGUGACCGGCGCGAUCGCUUGGGUCGUGGCCCUGCUGGCGUCUCUGCCCGGGAUCGGCUUUACGAGACUCCAGGAGGAAGACGCCCACGACAGCUGUGGCCCUUACUUCCCCUUAGCGUGGAGGCCUUUCCACACCAUCAUGAGAAACAUCCUGAGCCUCGUCUUGCCCCUGCUGGUCAUGGUGAUCUGCUACUCGGGCAUCCUCCACACGCUGCUGCGGUGUCGGAACGAGAAGAAGAGACACAGGGCCGUGAGGCUGAUCUUCGUCAUCAUGGUGGUCUACUUCUUGUUCUGGGCCCCCUAUAACAUCGUGCUGUUCCUCACCACGUUCCAGGAAUUCUUCGGCCUGAGCGAGUGUAAGAAAGCCAGCCACCUGGACCAGGCCAUGCAGGUGACGGAGACCCUGGGGAUGACGCACUGCUGCAUCAACCCCAUCAUCUACGCCUUCGUGGGGGAGAAGUUCCGGAGGUAUCUCGCCAUCUUCUUCCGGAGACACGUCGCCAAACACCUCUGCAGACAGUGUCCAGUGUUCUACGGGGAGGCGGCAGAUCGCGCCAGCUCGGCCUGCACGCCCUCCACGGGGGAGCAGGAGAUCUCCGCGGGGUUGUAACCCAC